AUGUCCGUAGGCUUUGGGUUUUCCGUCGACGACUUCCUAGCCGCCCUCAACCUCGUGGGCACAGUGAUCGACUGCCUGCGCGAGUCGUCCGCAUCAGGCGCCGCCUACCGCGAGCUCAUCCAAGAGCUGUACACGCUCGAAUCGGCCCUGUUGCGUGUCAAGCGCCUGGACCUGGACGCUGGCCAGCGGGCGGAGAAGGUAGCGCUCCGGCAGGCCGCCACGCAGUGUCAGCGGACCAUCGACGACUUCUGGAAGACGGCGAUUGUGCGGUAUUAUCCCCAUCUGCGGGAGGGCGGCUCGGGCUCGCGGCUGAAGGACGGCUGGGCGAAGAUCAGGUGGACGUUCCUGAAGGCGGACAACGUCGAGAAGUUCAAGUCGGACAUCAGGGCGCACACGGGCUCGAUCGAGGUCCUCCUGCUGACUGUGCAGCUUGAGGCUACGAGCAUGGCGGCGCGGGAACAGGGCAGGCAGCACAGCGUGAAGCAGGGAAAGGAGCUUCUCGAGUCGACCGCGAACAUCGUCCAGGGCAAUCUGCGGGUGUUUCAGAUGGUCUUUGACAUCCACCAGUUCAUCCUCAGCCUGCCGGCUCAGGUCCAUCGCCAGCAGGCGGUGUACAUGAUCGAUGCAUUUGGGUAG